AGCUCAUCGAAGGGAAAUACCAUUUAUGAUUGUAUCCCUCUUCUGGGCCUCGGCCUAGGACCCCUUUUAUUUCACUUUUUUCAGUUAUUCAUAUAAUUUUAUCCCUCUUUAUAGGCCAAGGCCACCCCUUUCAGAUAUUAAUUAUUUUCUUCUUCUUUAUGGUCCAAGACCCACGCUCCCUAACUAUUUAUUAUCCUACUCCUCUGUAUGGACCAAGGCCUCCCUUGGCAGAUAUUUAUUUUUUUAUUCUUUUUAUGAGCCUCGUGGGGACUACCUCUAACUAAAUCAUUGUAUCAGAUACAGAGUAUAUCUCCGUAUCUGUUGUAUAUAUAUAUAUAUAUUCCUGUCAUAUUGUGAUGUCAUAUGUUUAUUGUUUUUAACGAAUAUUGCAUAAAAUGGUAACGCGUAAUAAAUCGUUACAUGUAACAUUGGUUCAUAGGUAAUAUGUUUUGACACUGGUUAUUGGUCCUUUGAUUAUCAUAGAUGUGUUUAAUCUAAAUGAUUCAUUGACAAGAUGACGUUUAAAAAUAUUGGGGAUAUAACCUAAAAUUUACCAUUCCUAAUGAAUUGUAGAUAGUGAAAUAUUAUGUAUAUAACAAAAAUCUAUUACAAUGUAUAAAAUCUAUGAACAGCUAACAAUUAAAGAUUUAGCACAUUGGCUUGCUUCUGGAGCAAUAAUAUUUGGUGGAAUUAUUCCAUAUGUGCCACAGUAUAAGGAAAUUAAAAAGAAAGAAAAUGCAGAAGGAUUCUCCCUUUAUGUAUGCCUCACACUUUUAAUAGCUAAUACAUUACGUAUUUUUUUCUGGUUUGGAAAGCAUUAUGAAAUACCUCUUUUACUUCAAAGUAUAUUUAUGAUCAUAACUAUGUUUGUUAUGAUCAAACUUUGUGUUAAUGUACAAAAUAGAAAUCAAGUAAUUAAAGUUAGAGAACAUGUAUUUUCUGAUUUAGAUACAAAUUUUUUUUGGAAGUGGACAGACUUUCAAUCUUAUUUGGACUUUAUGCUGCUAUUUGCAGCCCUAGUAGGAAUUUUAACGUACCUACUAGUAGAUGUACCAGUAUUUGUUGAAACUGUCGGAAUACUUGCAGUAUUAACAGAAGCUAUGCUUGGAUUACCACAACUUCUUCGUAAUUUUUAUAAAAAAUCUACCAAUGGAAUGAGUAUACUCAUGGUUACUAUGUGGACAUUAGGAGAUACAUUUAAAACAUGUUAUUUUAUUGUAAAAGAAGCUCCCAUUCAGUUUGAAGUUUGUGGUACUCUUCAGGUUUUAAUUGAUUUUGCAAUUUUAGCACAAGUAUAUAUUUAUCAGCGCAAAACUACAGUACACACAAGAGUUCCAGUACGAGCCGACUAAUUUUAAUAUACUGUACUCUUUGUACAGCAUUUGCCAUCUAAAAUAUUUGUAUUACUUUUCUUCUUCCAUACAUAUGAUUAACUGUACAAAAAACAUCAAAUGCACAAUAUGUAUAAUAAUUAUUCAUUAAAUUAAAUAUUUUUUAACUUGA